AGGUCCCGGCCAGGUAGAGGAGCCCGAUGCACGGCGGCGGCGGAGGCAGCAGCAGCAAAAGCAGCAGCCAGAGCAGCCGCAGCAGCAGCAGCAGCUUCAGCGGGCGGAGGCGGAGGGCGUGAGCCGCGCAAGGGCGGGCCAGGCGCCUUCUUCUUCCCGCAGAACUGCCCUUGCCCCCAUGGCUACCCGGGUGUUGAGCAUGAGCGCUCGCCUAGGGCCCGAGGAGCCCGUCUUCGCGCAGCUCAAGCCGGUGUUGGGCGGCCGGGAAGGCUCGAUUUUCGCUCCGCCGGCUCCAGAAGAGCUCAAGCCGCCGCCGGCUCCUCCACAGCCGCCGAGCGGGGCCCGGAUGCCCGGAGAGGAGAUGGUGCAGACCCCAUGCGAGAUGGAUAAAUAUUUGACCCAGCAGCUGCCUCCCUUGCCCCCGCUCCCCGAGCACAAAAAGUACCGGCGGGACAGUGCCUCGGUAGUGGAUCAGUUCUUCACCAAUGGUGACGGGGUGCCUUACAGCGUCAACAUGAACCUCUACCUGCCUGAUCUGUCUCAGCUGAGGACGGGCCUCUUCAAAGCCCCCAGAGGUCCCGCAACCCACAUCAAGACGGAGCCGGUCGGUGCCUUCAACCACCAGAGUGAGGCCGCUCCUGUAGUCCCCAGCUCUGCCCAGGCUCUCCCUGAGUUUACAAGCAUCUUCAGCCCCCACCAGGCGCCGGAUGUGAACAGCCUCUUCAUCAAGCAGGAGAUGUCUGCGUCAGAUCUGGGCCUCUCUGUGCCUGGGCCCCAGCAGGGCCAGCUGUACCAGCUCCUCAGCUCCCCCGAUUUAGACCUGCCGAAUGCCGCGGGCCUGGACUCCCUUAGCAACGUCUCCCUGUCUUCCUCCAUGACGGGCCUCAACACCGUCUCUCCCGUCAUGUCCCAGACCUCCAUGAAACAGUUCCAUGGGGUGCCUCCCUGCACGUACACCAUGCCCGGCCAGUUUCUGCAGCAGCCAGCCACCUACUUCCCCCCUUCACCCCCAAGCUCGGAACCUGGCAGCCCUGACCGGCAGGUGGAAAUGAUGCAGAAUUUAACCCCGCCGCCAUCUUACGCUGCCACCAUCGCUUCCAAGUUGGCCAUCCACAACCCGACCUUGAACGCGAGCAUCCCCAUGAAUUCGCCGAGCAUCCCAACCGUCAGAUAUAAUCGGAGGAGUAACCCCGACUUGGAGAAGAGGCGGAUUCAUUACUGUGACUACCCUGGUUGCACUAAAGUGUACACGAAAUCAUCCCACUUAAAAGCACACCUGCGAACUCACACUGGAGAGAAGCCAUACAAAUGCACUUGGGAAGGAUGUGACUGGAGAUUUGCUCGCUCGGACGAGUUGACCCGCCACUACCGGAAGCACACGGGUGCUAAGCCCUUCCAGUGCGCUGUCUGCAGCCGCAGCUUCUCUCGCUCCGAUCACCUGGCCCUGCACAUGAAGCGCCACCAGAACUGAGCUGCAUCUUCACGAGGCAGUGGGCACCUAUGCAACAUGCGGGCGACCCAAGUAUACCCACCCGCCUUCCACUAGAAAUAGCUAAGGGUUUGCCUGCGUACGAACUCUUCCUUUUUAGAAGCAGGAAAAAAAUAAUAAUAAUGAGGCUAGAAGAAACUGGAAAUGUAUAUUUUGUAUAUUUAUGAGGAAACAGGGAAGACACUGUCCAGAGAGACACGGAUUGUUUUACUGCUUUAAUGCCCUGUGACUUUACUCUUUGUAUCUGGGACUUAGUCCUACAGGUUUCAUCUCAGGGCUGCCUGUCAUGAUGUUUUGCAGAUUGGGGUUGGGUGGUUCUGGGUAGGCAAAAAAAGGGUCUCUCCAAUUUGAUCCUGUGGCCCUAGGCCGCUCCGUGACGGAGCAGCACCAUGGGUCUUCAAGUCGCAGUUCUUCUGCACAACGGCUGUGCAGGCCCACACAUCCAUUUCAGCCAUAAAUGUGUUGCCAGAAUAAAAUUGAAUCAAAAGAAUAAGCGGCAGUGCUUCACUGCUUCUUUCUCUCUCCUUGUCCCUUCACUUGCUCUGGGAGAGUAGAAAGAAAGAGAAAAGGAGAUCAUUUGAUCCAGCAGCUGGGGUUUGGUGUGGCCACAGAACCCAGAACUGUCAGCCAGCUUUAAAACACUUUCAGUGGAUAGCUUUCAGAUCCUGAUUUCUUCGGCCAUAAGAAGCCCUAAAUCAGGAGUCUUCAAACUUGACAACUUUAAGACUUGUGGACUUCAACUCCCAGAAUUCCUCCUCCAGUCAUGUUAGCUCAGGGAUUCUGGGAGUUGAAGUCCAUAAGUCUUAAACUUGCCAAGUUUGAAGACCUCUGCUCUAAAUUAUGGUUGAAGGGCUCUCAUUCCUGCUCUUGUGCUCAUCUGCACAAAGGGAGAAGAGAAGGAAGAGUAGAUGGCCUCACUGGGUCGCUGGCCCACUGGGUCUCCACCUUCUGAUCCUGGAAACCAUGGGGGUGACAGGGGAGAAUGGCCAUCUGACCAAUGGCUCUUUUUGUCCACGAACCCCCAAAAGACAACGGAAGAUUCAUCCCUUUGGACAAAAAGAUUCUGAUUUCCCUGGGAAUUUUGUGCACUAGUUUUGCACACAUUAUGUAAUUAUAAUCUGGCAGUUAAUUGAUGUAAGGCAGAUAAAACAAGAUUGCAUAAAUAUGCUUCACUCAUUAUUUCCAAAACACAACACGAGAAGCAGGUCCCUAAAUCUAAGUAUUAUAUUUGAAAAUCUGCGUUAUCUGUAAUUUUUAGAAGCCUGACCAACACACUCUUUAAUCAGACGGUGUUUUUUUUUUUUUUAAAUUAAUUUAAUAUCAACUGACAGCCAAACGAAUCCAGAAAACAACCUGCAAUUUAUUUUCUGUCAAAACUGUACUGGAUGUUUUUUUUAAAAAAAUACUUGUUAUAUUUUAUUAUUAUUUUUUCUGUGGAGAUUAAAUAUAUAGAGAUGAAAUUCAUAAAUAGCCAUAGAACAAAAAUGUUCCAUAUGUUUGCAUGUCUAUCAUGACAAAGAUUUUGUAAAUAUGCAAAUCAGCUCUUAAUGUUUUAUCACAAAAGGAAUUUUCUACAAAUCGGUUUGGAUAAUAAGUGUCAAGCAUCUGGACUACGGAUAGUUCAGUCUGGCACAUCUAAUAUUCAGCAUACGCGUUCAGACAGAUCUGAUCUGCCAAGUGUUUUAAAGUUUAGAAUCCAUAUUUUCCCCUGGUUUUGUAAAGGGACAACCAUUUUCCACAACGCGAGCUAUUCAGCAUCUGUCAGAAGCUUUAAAUAACAAGAGGCUCUGAGACUAAUGUUAAACAUUUUACUAUAAGCUAAACUUAGUCCUGCUUUAAAAAGAAGGAUUUAGAACAUGAUUUUUAGAAUAUCAGAACUCUAAGCUGGUGAAACUCUAAGGUAAUACCUUGUGAAUUUUGCUCACCCCAAUUCAGUGAGAGCCAGAGACCUCUGAAAGUACUUCAGAUUGCACUGAGAUUGGAAAAUCGAAAAAGAAAACCAAUCAGCUUGAACUGGGCCAGCUAAUAGGGAUAAGACCUUGCUGCAUCUUGUUAACAAAAGGAAGUAUACCCCAAAAUGUCCAGACAGGCAAAUGUCGAAAUUGUCUGGAUGUUUCGUCUCUGUAAGGUACAUAGCUGGAUCUGGGAAACUCAGCUUUUCACAAGGUUAAAAAGUACUGUAAUUUUUAGAGGAAGAAGGUGUAAUUAAAAUGAAAACAACACCACUGUGCAAAUGCAUUGUAACACCAAAGGAAAGACCUGACAUGGCAAAAUAGAUUUUAGCUAAAAAUGGGCCAAGGGAUCCAACUACAGCAGGGGUUCCCAAACUUGGCAACUUUAAGACUUGUGGACUUCAACUCCCAGAAUUCUCCAGCCAG